AUGGAGACAUCCUGUUUCAAAUUUUACCAGAGCAAGAUGAGAUGAAGUAACCAAGCCACUUGGAAUCUCAAGAGUAAUAUGUGGGAGACCGUGGACUCCAUGCUUCCAACAUAGGAACAGGUCCAGGUUGGGAAUCUUCACUUCUGAGAGAAUGCUGGGAAUCUGCAGAGGGCGACGGAAAUUCCUGGCUGCCUCUCUGACUCUACUUUUUGUUCCUGCUAUAACUUGGAUUUACUUGUUUGCUGGGAGCUUUGAAGAUGGAAAGCCAGUGUCACUGUCUCCAAUCGAAGCUCAGCCCCAUAGCCCUCGUUACACAGCCACAAGUCAACGUGAAAGAGAGAGCCUGGAGGUCCGCAUGCGGGAAGUGGAGGAGGAAAACCGGGCACUUCGCAAGCAGCUCAGUCUGGUGCAGAGCCGGGGUCUGUCCCAUCAUCGAGGCAAUCACUCAAAAACUUACUCCAUGGAGGAAGGGACAGGGGACAGUGAGAGCCUGCGGGCUGGCAUUGUGGCAGGGAACAGCUCAGAAUGUGGACAACAACCAGCAGUGGAAAAAUGUGAGACAAUCCAUGUGGCUAUUGUCUGUGCUGGAUACAACGCAAGUCGGGAUGUUGUCACACUCGUCAAAUCAGUCUUGUUUCACAGACGGAAUCCUCUUCAUUUCCACCUCAUUGCAGAUGCCAUUGCAAAACAGAUCCUGGCAACUCUUUUCCAGACCUGGAUGGUUCCUGCAGUGCGCAUAGACUUCUACGAUGCUGAUGAACUAAAGUCUGAAGUGUCCUGGAUACCCAACAAACACUAUUCUGGCAUUUAUGGGCUGAUGAAGCUGGUUCUGACAAAGACUCUCCCUGCCAACCUUGAACGAGUCAUUGUACUUGACACAGACAUUACCUUUGCUACAGACAUUGCUGAGUUAUGGGCUGUCUUUCACAAGUUCAAAGGCCAGCAAGUCCUUGGCUUGGUGGAGAAUCAGAGUGAUUGGUAUCUAGGAAACCUCUGGAAGAACCAUCGUCCCUGGCCAGCUCUUGGGAGGGGUUACAACACAGGUGUCAUUCUGCUACUUCUGGAUAAAUUGCGCAAAAUGAAAUGGGAGCAGAUGUGGAGGCUCACAGCUGAAAGAGAGCUAAUGAGCAUGCUCUCCACUUCAUUGGCUGACCAGGAUAUCUUCAAUGCAGUCAUCAAACAGAACCCAUUUCUUGUGUACCAGCUUCCUUGUUUCUGGAAUGUGCAGCUGUCAGAUCAUACCCGCUCUGAACAGUGCUAUCGAGAUGUGUCUGAUCUAAAGGUGAUCCAUUGGAACUCACCAAAAAAGUUGAGGGUUAAGAACAAACACGUUGAGUUUUUCCGCAAUCUCUACCUGACAUUCUUAGAGUAUGAUGGAAACUUGCUGAGGCGGGAACUCUUUGGUUGCCCCAGUGAGGCUGAUGUCAACAGUGAAAAUCUCCAGAAACAACUCUCUGAGCUGGAUGAAGAUGACUUGUGUUAUGAGUUUCGACGGGAGCGUUUCACUGUCCACCGCACUCACCUGUAUUUUUUACAUUAUGAAUAUGAACCUGCGCCAGAUAACACUGAUGUGACACUGGUGGCUCAGCUCUCAAUGGACAGACUCCAGAUGCUUGAAGCCAUCUGCAAACAUUGGGAAGGCCCCAUCAGCUUGGCUCUCUAUCUUUCUGAUGCAGAAGCUCAGCAGUUUCUACGCUAUGCCCAAGGCUCUGAAGUCCUCAUGAGCCGGCACAACGUUGGAUACCACAUAGUAUACAAGGAGGGCCAGUUCUAUCCAGUGAAUCUCCUACGGAAUGUGGCUAUGAAACAUAUCAGUACACCAUACAUGUUCCUGUCAGACAUUGACUUUUUGCCUAUGUAUGGACUCUACGAGUACCUCAGGAAAUCUGUUGUCCAGCUGGACUUAGCCAAUACAAAAAAGGCUCUCAUUGUACCUGCUUUUGAGACCCUCCGGUAUCGCCUCUCUUUCCCGAAGUCAAAAGCAGAACUAUUGUCUAUGUUGGACAUGGGGACUCUCUUCACAUUCAGGUAUCAUGUCUGGACAAAAGGGCAUGCACCAACAAACUUUGCCAAAUGGCGAACAGCUACCACACCAUAUCGUGUUGAGUGGGAAGCAGAUUUUGAGCCAUAUGUCGUGGUAAGGCGGGAUUGCCCAGAGUAUGACCGAAGGUUUGUUGGAUUUGGCUGGAACAAAGUUGCUCACAUAAUGGAAUUGGAUGCACAGGAAUAUGAAUUCACGGUGCUGCCCAAUGCCUAUAUGAUCCACAUGCCACAUGCUCCCAGCUUUGACAUCACCAAAUUCCGCUCCAACAAGCAAUAUCGUAUUUGUCUCAAGACCCUGAAGGAAGAAUUCCAGCAGGACAUGUCACGCCGUUAUGGUUUUGCAGCACUAAAAUAUCUCACGGCAGAGAACAACAGCUAGCACCACCGGGAACUGUUACAGAAGACAGACUGAAAAGGAGGAGCCAUUUUAAGUGUGCGGCCCCAGUCUUUAGCCUGGAACUGAGAGACAUCUUUGUUUUCUUCUUUUUUAAAAAGACAACAGCAUUGAGCAGUUCUAACAAUAGACAUUUGGAACAGGCUGUCUCCAGAUUCUGCUCACAAGCCACCACUCAUCUGCCACCCUCAGGCCUUUGGCUUUAUUGUCCACAAAGUGUGAAUAAAUGGGAGGAGGGAAGGAAGAACAGUACCCAUAUCAUUGGCAGCACAUAGGGUGGCAGGAACAAUGGGGAUGGAUUAUUCAUUCUUAAAAACUGCACAGCAAAAACAGAUCUUCUUUGGAAUAUAGGCUUUCAUGUUGCUAUUUAAUAUUUCAACAUUUUUUAAACAAGAUAUGAAAAAGAAGAUCUUCAGGUUACUGUCCUGUGAAUUUGGAAAUGGGGUCUACUUCUCCCAAAAAAAAAAGGGGGGGGGAUAUUUGCACCUGUAAGACAACUGUUGUCUAUUCACAUAAGAACACAAUAGAGCAGGAUGAACCAGAUUUCCACCAUCAGAUGGAGAGUUAUUUCUAACAUACAGGAUUUGUGGUAUAUUAUAUCCUCAAAUAUACACAGCUUUACUGUGUAGGCUUGCUCAUUUCUCUAAUGUUGUAAAGAUGGAAUGUAUCCUAGAUCCCCUCUGUUACCACCUGAUCUGACCAUGUCCCUUUGGUUUUUUUUAAUCCAAAUUGCACCCCCUUUUGCACAUUAUUUUCAUAUCCAGCUCUAGCCAUUCACCUAAGAAGAUCUGUACCUUUACUGUCUCAUGAAGGUACCUGGCAUCUUAAGUCCUAUUCCCACUUGAGAGGGAUUGGUUCAGGAUCCCUACUAAAACAAGAGGCCAAAUCUGAGUACCAUUCUUUUUUUAAAGGGGGUGGAGCCCAUGUAAAAGCAUUGGCUGAGAGGUCAUUUUAUGGGGCAAAUUCAACCUGUUGGUUCUUCCACUGAACACCUGCCCACAAAAGCCCUUAUGGCUGUUUGUGGGUGAAAGCAGGAGAAAGAAGUAUGACCAUUUAUCCUCAGAAGCCACAAGAUACUGCAGACAUUUGAGAAAUUACUUCAGUAAAGGAGUUUAUUAUAAUAAAAGGAACAAAGUAAAAAGAAUUAGCUCCCCAUUUGAGUUGGGGCAGGGGGAGAAAAGGAUGUUUGAGGGAAUCUUGAUAGUUCUUGUUUCAACCAGGCUGAUUUAAUUUACAAGAACUGUUACAUGUAGGAAUGUAUGGCAAGUAUAGCUGAGGAACGUGAAUAAGCAACAGAGACAUGCAACCAGAUACUGGACAUUUUAUUUUCUUUAUUUCUUCUGUAUUAAUGUUGUGUUUACAUGGAUGGAGGAGAUGAGGUUUAAUGCACUACCCUUGUUUGGGACUACUUGUAUUUGGUUGCAAUGUUACAGAGAGAGAAGAAUUUGAAUAAAUGAGAAAUGUGUCUCUCUUCCUUCCCC